CUAUGUAUGACGCAAAAACAAUCAUAUUUCGUGUUUUCACGGUUCUCGUUUAUAUUGCCUUUGGAAGUGCAAUAUUCCAUCUUUUAGAAAAAGAUGAAGCCGCGAGGGAGGUUGCGAAGUUUGGAAAAUACUACAACAAAACGAUGACAAGCAUUUUACGUCGUUUUAUCCUGAACGAAACUGAUAUGAAAAUCAUAAUGACAGAGAUUCGGGGAACAUUCCUACAAGAAGUAUUUCCAAAAGAAUGGGAUAUCACUGGAGGAUUAAAUAUUACAAUUCAAGCCAUCACUACAAUAGGUCAGUGGCCGUACAUUGGGCGGUAUUAAAAUUAUAACACCGCGGUAACGAUAUUUGCAACACGGUACUGUUACAAUAUUCUUAGCAAGUAUAAGAGGCUAUUUAUAUGGAGGCGAGCCAGCCUGCAUGGGUACUGCAGCUAGCUCCCUUUGCCGAGCUGAUUUCAUCCCGUGUUUACAUGAGACUUUUGACGUGGGCUGGCUCGCCAAAAAACCACCGGUCUCGCCGCUAAAAGUAGCAUAAUAUAAAUAUUUUCUGACGAAUCUGAAAUUCGCACUUAAUAAUCGUUCACAGAGACCUUUUAAGAUCGAAAUCAAUCGAGAAAAUCUUAUUCACAAGAAUAUAUUAAUUCGCGUGAAAAGAGCAAUAACAUUCAGCCCGCUUGGGCCAGCCAGCCAGCCCGGUAUAGUCGGUUCCCAUAUAAAUAUAAAAUGAAGUGUGGUAGUAAAUAAUAAAAAAAGCGCCGGGCUGCAAAAAAAGAUUUUUGGGAUCACCUUCUGUGAAACAUUGAGGAUUGAUAAGGCCCUUCCUUACCUUACCCUAUCCCUAUACAUGGUCCCUAAUGUCUCAUAGAAAGUGGUCCCCCCCCCCUUCCAAUUUUUUGCAUCCGGGCUCGCUCACCCCAUGUAAACAACACCUAACUAAGGAAUCUUUGUUUCUUUCGUACAGGUUAUGGAAACACUGCGCCACGGACCGUCGCAGGUCGAAUGUUUCUCAUAAUUUAUGCUACAAUAGGGAUCCCACUUAUGGCGAUGAUGUUAAUGACAUUUGGAGAAAAACUCAAGCAUAUGAUCAGGUCGUCUAUAAUAUCUUUCGAAAGAAAAAUUCUCAAGAGAAGUCGACCUCAAGAUAUCCAAAGGAAGUCAGUGAUUGCAGUGUUUGUUAUAACCGCAGUUUUGCUCUGCUUCAUUUCUGCUAUCGGUACAAUCAUUGAAAAUUGGGACUUUUCCGUGACGUUGUAUGUUUGGUUUGUGACUAUGACAACCAUCGGUUUCGGGGACUAUGUGCCCCAAUGUAGAGGGACGUCAAAUCCAAUACUUGUAGCAUUGGAGUAUACCUAUGUGCUGAUCGCGUUGCUCCUAAGCCUGACAUCAAUGGCGUGUAUAAUUCAUGCGUUAUCUGAUUGGCUGAACAGUACGAAACUGCCAAGCAAGGAUGAUGUCAAACAAUCUCUGAGUUAUAUCGCGAACUCGCUUUCGACGCAUAAAGAAGAACAACCUUCAAUAAACAUGGCAUUGCCUCGACCAUUCAUGACUCCAUUGCCACCCCAGGCAUUGCCUCAUUCCUAUGUGGGCACUACGUAAGUUAACUACAGGAAAUGGAUAUACCAUGUCGAUUAGUGUUGUUCAUGUAUACACUAGUAUAUAACUAUCAAUGCCAAUUGUUUAACAUCUUUUAACAGUAGAGCAGGCCUAGAAAAUAUAGUUAUCUUUCUGGCAGCAAAAUUCAAAAAUUAAAAUUUCCUGUGUAAGUCAACUAUAAAAUGAAAAUUUCAGAGAACGUGUGGAAUAUGAUGCCGCACAUCUCGACUUGCAAAAUGCUUAAUUUGGAAUUUUCAAACAAUAAGUGAAUUAUAUGGCAUUCCUGUAUAUAAGAUGACAAAAAUUUCCUGCAAAGUGCAAGAAAAUUUCCUGGGAAGAUAUUUUGUUAAAAAUUUCCUGGCAGCGGUGCUGCUGGCGCUGCCGGACAUUUUCCAGCACUGCAGUAGAGCUGUAAGGAAUCCCACACAGAAAAAAGAGAUUGGAUUAAGUUGUGGCAUCAUUAGCAUGCAUUGUACAGAAUCAUAUAUUGCUUGGUAUAUUGCUAACUUUAGCUUAAGUUUUAUUUAAUAGUCAUUAUUUAAUAUGACAAUUACGUUAUAUGGGUGUGAUUGCAUGCUCGCCACUUGCUCCUAAACAAUGAUUGUGAAUUGUGAUAUUUAGUACCAAACCUUUAUACCAAUGUCUGUAAUUUCACAGUAAGUUAAGCAUAUAACAUGCAAGAUUGCAAAAUCCUUUUUUCGUAGAAUGACUAAAGGAGUCUUGAGAUGACUUACCACAUAACUUUAUUAAAAAGUAUAGUAUUAUUGAAGCAAUGUUUAUAACGCAUUGUUACUGUUGUGUAAAACUAGUUUGGUAAAAUAAUUGUGUUUAUUGUGGGUAAAUAAAGUAUUAUUCAAUG